AUGGAGAAGGACAACGUCAGACAUUAUAGAGCUUACGAGGGCUUUAAGCCGGCGAAUAACGGCAACACUUCGUCCCUAAAGAGAUCGACGGAACGCUCGAAGACGCACUCAUCUCGCCAAGUGAGAUGUUUGUGCUUCGGCGGUGUGCCUGACAAAGCCAGCCAGCAUUCUUUCUUGAAGGGGUUUAUCAUAAACAUCGGAAUAUGCGCUCUUCUUGUGGCUUACACCCUAUUGGGCAGCUUCAUCUUCCUGGCUAUCGAAAGUGGGACCAUUGACGGUGUUGGCCUACAACAGAGGGCACUCGCCACGACGAUAGCUGGAAAUCAGCACACCAGGAGAAAUACCAGCGCUUGGAUAAAACAGCUGAAUCACGAAGCCCGGACGAAGACCGUGGAGAACAUAUGGAUAAUCACGGAGCAUUUGAACGUUCUCUACCGUGAGAACUGGACAAAAUUGGCCGACCAGGAGAUCGCACGAUUUCAGGAGCAACUAGUGAAAAGGAUCACGGAGGACAUGAUGGCGACCCAGAAUGCCGGGACGUAUACCGGGAGUUCUACCAGUGAAACUGUAACGGACCGCCGUGUGCCGGAUUACGAAUGGAACUUUGCAAAGGCGUUUCUCUAUUCUCUGACAGUACUCACCACAAUCGGUUGCGGAAGUAUCACGCCGAAAUCUACUUGGGGCAAAGUUGCUACAAUGGGUUACGCCUGUCUUGGGAUACCCUUGACCUUGGUCUACCUGUCUAGUGCGGGAGGUCUCUUGUCGAGAUGCGCCAGAGGCGUUUUCACGCGAGCUCUCUGUUGCUGUCUCUGCUCGAAUUGCGGCUAUUGUUGUUACGACGAGAGGCGGAUGCAGGAGAAAGAGCGACGGAUGAAAAAGAAGCGACAGCAGGAGGAGCUCGCGCAACAGCAACAGCAACAGUUACAGCUGCAGGAGCCCUUUUACGUUCGCGCGAAUGCAUCGACGUUCAAUAGCACCGUGGAAAUCAAAGCUAGCCCGAAGGAUGAAGUUUCGAGUCUUGGCUCCGGCGACAGACCGAACGUUACCAUACUCGCGCCAAUCAGUAUCUGCCUUGGUGCGAUGCUGUGUUACAUCAUCGCCGGAGCAUUCACUCUGCAUAAAUUGGACGGUUGGUCAUUCAUAGAUGCGAGCUAUUUCUGCUUCAUGAGCCUGAGCACUAUCGGUUUCGGCGACAUGGUGCCCGGUUCUUAUCCUCGCCACACCCUCGCCACCUCGAGAAACGUGACGGUCUGGUUUUGCUCCUGCUAUAUAAUGUCAGGAAUGGCCUUGACGGCGAUGUGUUUCAACAUCCUCCACGACGAGAUUGUCCAUCGGCUGAGUCACCAAACAGACAAACCGGAGCCGGUGAAGCCGAGCUCGUCCGUAGAUGAGCUAUCGACGGAUCCGUUCGCUCUGACCUCGUGA